ACAGAAUUAUACUUCCUUAGUUCCUUUCUUCUUCCUAAUCAACUGCCAAAGAAUCCAUGGCUUCGCUCUCUUCUCUCAUCCUCUCCAACCCUCGCCCUCUCCGCCCUCUGCCUAACCCUAAUCGCAACCUCCGCCUCGCUUUUCCGCUCCGGAGAACCACCACGCUCAAAUUCUCAGCCAAAGCCAACUCCAAACCGCCGCCGCCGCCGUCCACGGCGGAGGAGAAGAAGUCGUUUGCGGUAGCGACCGGAGAGCUCUUCAUUGGCCUAGCUUCACGGAUUCUGAAGCGCCGAGGCGUCGGUAGUACUGAAAUAAUUAAUGCGGAGGAAGGUGAGGAACGAGUGACGAUGUUUAAGGAUGAUUCGGAGAGGGAGAGCUAUUUAUGGAAGAAGAGGAAGGAGGGGAUUGCGACGGUGGUGGAGGACCCGGUCCAGCCGGAGGUUCUGUGGGAGCAGAGUGUCAAGGAUGUAGAAGCCGAGCGGCGGCGAAAGGCGGUUACUAGUCCCGGGUUUAGCUUCUCCGCUGCCGGACUCUUGUUUCCGUACCAUCUCGGUGUAUCUCAGUUCCUAAUUGAGAAAGGAUACAUCAAGGACACAACACCCUUAGCUGGUUCAUCUGCUGGAGCUAUUGUUUGUGCGACAAUAGCAUCUGGAUCCAGUAUGCAAGAAGCAUUACAAGCAAAUAAAAAAUUGGCUAAAGAUUGCCGGCUUAGGGGAACUGCAUUUCGCCUUGGGGCUGUUCUCAGAGAUACUUUAAUUGAAACUUUGCCAGAUGACAUCCAUAUUAGGUGUAAUGGAAGAGUUCGUAUUGCUGUAACAGAGAUUCUUUGGAGGCCAAGGGGUUUGCUCGUUGAUCAGUUUGAUUCUAAGGAGGACCUCAUAAAUGCUGUCAUUACAUCUUCUUUUAUUCCUGGAUAUCUUGCACCAAGGCCUGUCACAAUGUUCCGAAAUCGAGUUUGCAUUGAUGGGGGUUUGACAUUAUUUAUGCCACCAACUUCAGCUCCUGAAACGGUGCGUAUUUGUGCUUUUCCAGCAAGCAGGCUGGGAUUGCGGGGAAUUGGAAUUAGUCCUGACUGCAAUCCUGAAAAUAGGGCAACAGCCCGACAGCUCUUCAACUGGGCACUUGAGCCAGCAGAAGAUGAUAUCCUUGAUAGGCUCUUCGAGCUUGGGUAUGCAGAUGCAGCUGUGUGGUCAGAACAAAACCCAGUGGAGAAUUUAGUUCAAGAUCACAGUUCUGGUUUAGAAAAUAGCGUUGAACAAUAGCUCGUCAGCCAGGUAAACAUAGUUUUAGAUUGGACAAGAAGGCGAUGCCUGAGCUCUCCCGUCUAUGAGUAUGGGGUUGUGUUAUAGAAAGUAGCUUGAUUAACAUUUUGUAUAGUAUAGGUAAAAAUGCUGCUAAAAAUCCCAGAAUUGGGAGCCACAGAAUAGAAUAGUGUCAUUGACUGAAAAUAUGAAACCUUAAUACCAGGUCCCUUUUUUUUUAAUUUUUA